AAUUCUUAGUGCUAGUUAUUUGCUAUUAUUUGAGUGUUGGCUAAGCGAUAUUAAUAAAAAAAGAUAUUUUUGCCAUACAUACAUACACAAUCGCGCAUAUAAAUACAUACAUAAGUGAAAACGAAAUAUUUCAAGCGCAAUUUUCUAUUUGUGAUUUUCUUUUUGUGCGAAAAUAUUUCUCGCUAAGUCUUCAGGCACAUAAAUAUUUCGCGUAAAUAGACGGCUGUGUGUGUGUGUGUGCCAGUAGUUCUAGCUGCAUAUUUAAAUGCUAUUGAAAGGUUAAUUUCAUUAACACUCUCUUGUGAAAGCGUCAGUGCGCUGUAACGGUUAUAUAUGUAUGUAAAUUUGUGCAAAGUAAUAGAUUUUUAAUAAACAAGUUACGCUUGAAUAACAAAAAAACCAUCGACCCAUUCCACCCGCAAACACACACAUACACAUACUAAUAGAAUGGAUAUCUUAACUCAAAUUCUGAAUAUGAAUGCUGGCGGCGCGUAUGGCGGUGGCAAGGCGGGUGGCGCCUUUGAUCCCCUCACAUUUGCCAUGAAACCGCAAGUGGUGAUACGCGCUCUAUGUUGGCUCUUUUCCAUCGUUGUCUUUGGCUGCAUUUCAUCGGAGGGUUGGCGCACCGACGAGAAUGGCAAGGAGGUGUGUCUGUACAAUGGCGAUGCCAUGGCGUGCAAAUAUGGCAAUACAAUCGGUGUAUUCGGUUUUCUGGCGUCGAUGGCCUUCAUCGCUGGUGAGUACCUGUUCGAACGUAUGUCAUCGGUGAAGAGCAGGAAACGUUAUGUGAUGGCGGAUAUGGGAUUCUCAGCAUUCUGGGCCUUCAUGUACUUCAUUUCGUUUGUGUACUUGUGGUCGCAGUGGUCCUCUGCGCCUAUGCCACCAGGUGGUGUUGGCUCUAGUAAUAUGGAAGCGGCAAUAUUUUUCUCUUUUUUCUCGAUUUUUGUGUGGGCACUUUGCGCUUUUCUCGCCUACAAACGUUUCCUGAUCGGCGCCGGUGAUGAAUUCACAUCCGCCUUUGAAACGGAUCCAGCGAACGUUGUGCAUCAGCAAGCAUACACAAGCUACUCCAUGGACAACGACAAUGAUCAAUACAGCACGUCACCGUUUAGUGGCCAACAACAACAAGGUAUGGAGCAGCAAGGCAUGGAAUACCAACAGCCCACCUAUUAAAGUCAGCGAGCUAAUACUACGUGUACAACAUUAGCAUUAUAAUAGGCUAAGAUAUAAUAACGUGUGAGCGCCAUUAAAGCUCAUGCAAUUGGGCAUUUGUGAGUUAAGUAUGCUUUGCGCUGUACAGAUUUAGCAGAACAAAAACAAGUUAAUUUUUAAAUAAAUAAAUGAACCGCAAACACCGAUAGUAAACAUAUACAGACAUGAAUACAUAAAUACAUAAUGAAAUAGUAACGUAAAAUAAAUAUAAAUAAAAUAAAAAAAAAAUAUAAAAAAUAUUUGCUAAACGAAAGACAAAGGACAGUUACUCACAAAAGCCACGAAAAAGCUGUAAAGUUGUAAAAGCUGUAAAGCUCUGCCCAUCACCCAAACAACGCACAUUCAGAGAUGAAAUUAGGCCGCAAGCUUCAUUGGUAUCUCAGCAAAUUUCAAUAAUUUGUUGCAUGAGAAGUGCUAUUUUGAGGUUAGCGGAGCUUUGUUAAGGAUUCUUGACGUUACUCGUUUUCGAAAGGAAGCCUGUUGGUGCUGAGCUCUCAAAAUAAUGUGUAAGUCUGAGGUACUUAUUGAAUUGUGGACCAUGAACUUAAAAGCGUUUGUGUAUUAUAAAAUGGCACUACAGUAACUACUUGAUUGUUUGAACUAUGCAUAGGUGGAAGCUACUUUUAUUGACUUUGCAUUAUUUUUAUUUUUUUUUAUUAAAAAAUUUUUGGCAAAAAUAAAAAAAAUUUUUUAGGUUGAUAUCUAGCUAAUUAUAUAUUAAAUUCAACAAAAAAAAAAUAAAUAAAAAAAAGAUUAAUAUUUUUUAUUGAAUCCUAAAAAUAUUUGAGUCGUAUAAAAAUAUAUU